AAAAAAAAAAAAAAAACAUAGUCCAAACCCGGGAAAGGAAAUCCACCGACGAGGCGGUCACCAGAAAAAUCUGAACUUUCAUUGUCGUCUUCAAGCAACAAAAUGCAAAUGACCUGCUGAAGCAAGGAGACGCACGCGGAGCAGCUCAUGAGCUUCUGGGUUUAAGAGGCAUGGAAUCUAUCUCUCGUCCCUGUAAUUCUGUUUCUCUCCUCAGUUCAUCUUUCCCGUCGCCCAGCGAUUUCUCUACUCCGAGAGUCAGUGUUAUCCGCCGCAAAGCUCGUAAGGGCCAUGGGAACCUUAUAUUAUUCUCUCAUAAUUAUAAGCUGCCUAGGCGUAAAUAUCUCGCCUUCUGUUCCCAAGGAGACGUCUUUGACGAUUUCUCCAGUUCCCGGUUGCCUCAGCAGCUUGAAUAUGACGAAAUUGAAGAAAACGAGGAGCUUGAAUUGCUGAACAAGCCGUCCCCUGUCGCCACUCCUAAUGGGUCUGCCUCUGGUUUCGAACAAGGGUCUGAAGAUCCCGAUGGGCAAGAAGACGCUUUGGCACCUUUCUUGAAGUUCUUCAAGGGAAAAGAAUCGUUGGAAGAGGCAAAAGAUGAAUUAGGUGCUGAUGGGCUGGUUUCCGAGGAUAAGAGGGAAAUGGAAAACAAUGUAGUGGAAGCUCGGAAGGUUGGCGUGGAGUACUACGAUCCAAAGCCGGGCGAUUUCGUGGUCGGCGUGGUAGUUUCUGGUAAUGAGAACAAACUUGAUGUCAACGUUGGGGCUGAUCUAUUAGGGACUAUGUUGACGAAGGAGGUGCUACCUUUGUACAACAGGGAGAUGGAGUACUUGCUAUGUGACUUGAAAAACGAUACUGAGGAUUUCAUGGUUAGUGGAAAAAUGGGUGUUGUGAAGUACGAUGAUGCGCUUAGCAGUGAAACGGGGCCUGGUCGGCCUGUCGUGGAAACAGGUACGGUUUUGUUCGCUGAGGUUCUCGGGAGGACUCUCAGUGGCCGGCCUUUGCUUUCAACCAGACGGCUUUUUCGAAGGAUUGCUUGGCACCGAGUGAGGCAGAUGAAACAGGUAAAUGAACCUAUAGAGGUCAAAAUUACAGAGUGGAACACAGGGGGCCUUCUGACAAGAAUUGAGGGUUUGCGAGCUUUCCUUCCCAAAGCUGAGUUGCUGAACAGGGUGAACAACUUCACUGAAUUGAAAGAAAAUGUGGGGCGCCGAAUACAUGUGCUGAUUGAACGCAUAGAUGAAGCUAAAAAUGACUUGAUUUUGAGUGAGAGGGAAGCAUGGGAGAUGGUGAAUCUCCGAGAGGGAGCACUGCUUGAUGGUACUGUCAAGAAAAUCUUUCCAUAUGGAGCUCAGAUAAGAAUAGGUGAAACAAAUAGAAGCGGUUUGCUGCAUAUCUCAAAUAUUACUCGCUCCCGUGUUACUUCAGUCACCGAUCUGUUCGCUGUUGAUGAGAAGGUUAAGGUACUGGUCGUGAAGUCAAUAUUUCCAGAUAAGAUAUCUCUCAGCAUCGCAGACCUUGAGAGUGAACCAGGGCUCUUCCUAACUAACAAGGAGAAAGUAUUCUCAGAGGCGGAACAGAUGGCGAAGAAGUACAGGCAAAGGCUCCCCGCUGCUAUAGCUGCUUCCAAGCCUGGAAUGCUGCCUUCUAGCGAUUUAUCAUUCAACGAGCCUGCGAUAUAUGCAAACUGGGAGUGGAUCAAAUUUGAGAGAGAACCUGAACGAGCAAAUUCACCAGUAUAGCAAAUGUUCUGAUCCACUCUGGUCGAGCAGACACCAAAGUGUUGCUCGGGCAUCAAGAAGGUGUCUGGUCAUGAAACAAGAAAAAGGGGCCAAGACUCGAUGGGGACAACUGAGUAUCGGUUGUACGCAUCACAUCCCCAUUCAGAGAUGGGAACAUAUCUUACUUUGUUCAGCAAUUGGUUUGUCCUCACAAGCUCUUGCAUUAUUACUCUAAAAAACUUUCUCCUUGUAUCAAUGGAAUGACUGUGCGGCCAAAAUAUUUGACUUGUUUUUUAAUCCAUCAAAAAUUUUGAUAAGAAAAUGCCUGCUCAUUUCGGUA